AUGGGGUCGCCCGCCAAUCAUUUCGGUCGCUUGAAUACGGUCGAUGAUUUGAUCAGGAAACUUUCUGACGAGGGAGGCUUUGAUGCACCACCCGUCAUUGCAUUUCCGACUUCCCGUAGUACCGGAUCGAACGAUGAAUAUGAAUUCUUCCGAGCGAGUGACCUUGACAGACUUGCGGAGGGGGUUGCCGCCACCUAUCUCCAAUGUCAAUUACAGCCAGUGUGGCAUGAUCGAGACGAAGUUAGCGUGGUUGCCAUUCUCGGGAAAUCAAACCUCGAAUAUUUCGCUUCCUUAUUGGGGCUGUGUAGGUUAGGCUAUGCGGUCCUUCUGCUGUCCCCACGCCUCGCAACAGAGGCUGCUCUCUCCUUGCUGGACCGCACCAACUGCGGUACUCUCGUAUACAUGCGAGAAUUCGAGGCAGCUGCAGAACGCAUCCAAAAGCACCGAGCCGUCCAGGCCCUUCGGACCCCAGAGAGGGAUGUGUUCGAUACCGGCUUGACUACUGGGAUCGAUUGGCGGAACGAGAAAGUCGCCGGCGCUGCCGACCGCACAGCCUUCAUCAUGCAUAGCUCGGGUUCAACCGGGAUGAACAAACCUAUAUUCCAAACGCAUCGAGCGUGCCUGGAAAAUUUUGAAAAUGGCAACAGUUUGCGGUCAUUUCUCACUGCACCACUGUUUCACACUUUUGGUUUCGCCACGGUGUUUCGCACAAUCUCCAAGGGAGGUCUUCUCUAUAUGUACGACCAUAAUCUGCCAUUGGUAUCAAACUACCUCCUGGAGGCAUUAGAGAAUGUCCGCCCUGAAAAUUUCUUCGGAGUCCCUUAUGCAUUGAAGCUUCUCGCAGAGACACAGAGCGGCAUCGAUGCUUUAGCGCGAUGUGGCAGUGUGAUUGUAGCAGGAAGCUCAUGCCCAGAUGAACUGGGAGAUCGGCUGGUUACAAACGGCGUCCAUCUGAUUGUUACAUUUGGCGCUACCGAAUGUGGCCAAGUUGCGACGUCGAGGCGUCCCAGUGGGGACACCAGUUGGAACUACUUACGAUUCUACCCUAACGUAAAGCCUUAUGUUUACAUGCAGCCCAUCGGUGAUCAGCUUCACGAGCUAGUUAUCUUGGACGGCCUAAGAUCAAAAGUCGUAUCUAAUUCAGACGAUCCACCGAAUUCUUUCCAUUCACGCGAUCUCUUCUCUCCGCAUCCUACAAUUCCGGAUGCUUGGAAACAUGUCGGUCGAAUGGAUGAUCGAAUUACCCUCGUGAACGGGGAGAAGGUCCUUCCUCUUCCUUUCGAGGGCCGAAUCAGAGAUCAUCCGUUGGUUACCGAAGCAGUUGUCUUUGGGAUCCAGCGAGACUUCCCAGGUUUAUUAGUUUUCAAGGGCCCUAACGCCCAAAACUUGACAGAUUCCGAAUUCAUCGACAACAUUUGGCCCGCUGUAGAAGAUGCAAAUUCACGGGCCGAAGGGUUUUCCCAGAUCAGCAAACAGGCGAUUCUCCCCAUUGCGGUUGGAGUACCAUACCCACAGACUGACAAAGGGACCGUUAUUCGCGCUAAAGUUUAUCUGGCUUUUGAAAGGGAAAUUAACGCUAUGUAUGAGAGAAUGCAGCAAGACACAUGCGGAGUCGAGACGCCGGACCUGCCCAAUCUAGAGAAAGACCUUCUCGCCAUCUGCAGGGAAGACUUGGGUCUGGAUAUUGAGGAUGUCAAUACUGAUAUGUUCAACGCUGGCAUGGACAGCCUGAAAGCUGUUCGUCUGUCAGCCGCAAUCCGGAAGCGAUUCUAUAUAGAAUCGGAGAAAAGACGCAGUGGUCUCGGUGCUGACACGAUAUAUCGCAGUGUGACAAUAGCAAGACUUGCCAAGUAUAUCAAGGAUGUCCAAGAUCUCGGUGACUCCUCGGAUCUCGAUUUGAUGACCGACUUGAUCGCCCAUUACUCGGACUUCAGCCCAACGGCCCCAGCCAUGUCAUUACGGACUCAACCUUCCAUAUCAGAUGGCAGUACAGUCCUCCUCACUGGCGUCACAGGCUCAUUGGGCUGUCACAUUUUGAAGAUUCUUCUUGAUUCUGCAUCGACCAAGAGAAUUAUUUGCAUCGUCCGCGUUGCGGACAGCGACUCUAAUCUAAGCUCUGAAGCUGCGAGGAAUCGCAUUUUGGGAUCCCUUCGAACGCGUGAGAUUGAUGUCACACCAGACGCGUUUUCAAAAGUAACUGCUCUACCUGGAGAUCUCGGUCAUGCAAAUUUUGGCGAAACAUUGGAGAAACAUCAGGAGACUUUACAGUCAACUACAGCAAUUGUUCAUGCGGCCUGGCCCGUGGAUUUCAAUUUGACCCUGGGAAGCUUCAGCCCGCAACUUUCGUCGCUCCAACAGCUUCUCAAUCUCUCUCUUCGUGUCUGUAAACCGCCAGCAAGGGUGCUCUUCUGCUCAUCCAUCUCCACCGCUCUAUCCACCCCAGCUCCGGCGACUAUCCCCGAAUCCCUCAUCAGUCAUCUGCAAUAUGCACAACCAACCGGAUAUGGCCAGUCCAAACUCUGCGCCGAACACAUCCUCAACAAUGCAGCCAUGCAAGCAGGAGCGGACACGAUAGUCGCACGAAUCGGCCAGAUCGUCGCGGACACAAAAGCCCAUAUCUGGAGCGCCAAAGAAGCAAUCCCCCUCAUGGUACGAUCCGUGAAUGCGAUCCACCUCCUCCCGGAUCUGAAAGGAGAACAAUGCCGAUGGCUUCCAGUCGACGAUUGCGCUCGGACGAUCUGUGAAUUGAUCCUCGAGAACCCAACUACGGAGGAGAAUGUAGUGCAGGGAGCUCGAUUCCUCAACGUACUCCAUCCACGCGCCUUCUCUUGGACGGAUGACUUCCUACCCGCCCUUCGCCAGGCAGGAUUCACAUUCGAUGUAUCAUCCGUUAGCGAAUGGCUCACCCGUCUGGAAAGGAGCGACCGGGACCCGCGGACUAAUCCAAGUAUCAAACUCCUGGAUUUCUGGAAAAAUCGUUGGGGUUCUGGUACGAAUCGGGUAGAACGAGAUAUUCAGUUUGAUACGACCAAAGCUCAGCGCGGGAGUGACACCCUGGCUCGGUGUCCAGAUGUAGUUGCGAGUGGGCUCGUUCUCAAAUUGGCGGCACGAUGGUAUCGAGAGUGGAAUACUGUUUAA